UGCGUAUACAUACUGUUAUCCAGAUGACAGAUGUGAGAGCUCAUUCGAAACUGCAUCGAUCUCACGUCACAGACACAAUUUUCUUGUCUCGCGUGAAAAAAUGAUUAUUUUGCCAUAAAAUAGACCUAAUUUCUGGAAAAUUCUAGUCACCUACCGCGAUUAGUGAGUGUAAUUGAAUACUUAAUCUGUCAUGAACAACAUGCAUAUGCGCAGGGGAAUCCUAUUUUCUCCAAGGGGGGGUCCGCGACUUGUUAUCUUAAGUGGUUUUGAGGUUGCAAACUCGAGCUAGGAAAUUGAAUUUACCGGUGUCACCCUCCCAUCUAUAAGCCGCGAUCAGUGCAUUAAAAUCCAUAUUUUUUUUUUCCUUCGUGCUUCAAGCCAGACCGACGAAAGUUCUUGGAAAUAAUCGUGACGAAAUUCAGUUUAAGUUCUUGCAAAAAAAUGCAAUAUAGCAGAGAGGAUGAAAAUAUCAUGUUGGAGCAUUGUAGUUUGAAUUGUUUCAAGUGUAAUUUACACUUUCGACAAGUUACAGGUCUUACCAGUAACUAGUUAAUUGUGUUAAUGAUUGUGACAGUCAUGUGAGCUACGACAAUAACACUUGUAGACAUCUGAUUUUUUUCUGCCGUAAUAAGAGCUUUCAUAUCUUGAUAGACAGAAUGGGUUCCAAGCAAACCCCAGUAAAGGUUACUCUUGGUAUGUUGAAAGGUAAACCAAUUACAACCUCUGUUCCUGUAAUCCGAUACCAUGCCAGCGAUGAUGAAGUUGAAGAGCUUUACCCAAGUACAGAUGACGAUGAGUUGUGUACUCCAGACUCUGAACAUAUGGACACAAAAUCUAGUCCAUCUAAAAUGGGUCGAAAUAAGUCCGAAGAUGAGUCAGGAGAUCUCAAUUUAGGAAAACGUUCGGCAAGUAUGGAUGGAAAUUUGUCUGAAGGUACACCCCCCUCUGAUCCUUGGAGAAUGCUAUCUGAAAUAAAGGGCAAGAUUACUAAAACAUUUGAGGAUAAAUUGUCGGAGAUCAAAAGUGAAAGAAAGAAGAAUAAGCGGCGAAGUAGAGAUAAUUCUAGCAUCAGUGACUCAGAGGAUUUAACAGACAUCACCCCAACUGAAGAUAAUCUCUCUGAAAAACAAGAAGGAGAUACAUCGUCGCCAAUAAAGUUCUCCAAGAAUCGAUCCGCUAGGUUCACUGGCUUCCAUAACAUCAAGACUGGAUUGAAGACCAAGAACUCUGAGGAAGAUAGCAUUGAAAGUGGUGUUGAAGCUGCGGAAUUUGCAGAAGAUGAUUUAUUGUUGCAGACAGCUGAUCCUGGCAAAUCAAACAAUCCAGAGAAUUCAGAAGUUGCAGGGAGUUUAGUCAUUGUCAAAAGUCCAAAAUCUUCUUCAGAAAUGUGUUUGGAUGUUUUCAAAACAUUUAUUCCACAGUGUUUGAAAUCUGAGUCAACCCUAUCACAACUUUUAAGAAAGAUAAUUUAUCAACUCUUCAGUUUACUCAUAAUAUUAUGGGGAUUCUAUCAUGCUGCACCCUUGCCUGAGUAUGUUAUUGGAUUGAUCGCUGGAAUAUUUGUGACAAUCACUGUCCAAAGAGUAGUGGCUGUCAUCACUCAGGCACUUAUGACGCCACAAAAGAUUUCUCGUAACGUCGAACAGACUGUUUCUGUUUUGGAAAUACCUGCCGUUGAAGAGCAUGCUGUUUUAGAUCGUUUCGAAGGAUGGUUAAAUCAGCUGCCAUAUAAUUAUCACCCAGACAAUUACCACGUUGCAAGAACAGUAUCAGUAUACUUUAGAUUAGAAGGUGGGAUCCUUAAAGUUAUGGAAACUAAGACGCGUAUACCAAAGCGAGAAGUUUGGGAUGAACCAAAACAUAAAGUCAGAUUUGUCUGGAAAAAAGUUUACUCACUAGCUGAAGCGACUGUUAAUUUAAUGCCUGAAGGUCUCAUCAGAAGAAGGAGAUGGAGUAAAAAAUAUCCAAUUUGCAUAACAUUUGGUAAAGAUGCUUUAAUUGAGAAUUGCUCGUUAAACGAGAUUACGGACGAUCAAUUUUUGGAAAGAACUGAGGUCGAUGAUGACGGUACCAUACAUGAAGAGGAUGAGACCGACGAAGAUUUAUCAAAAGAUUCCAAAGACCCUAAAGAAGUUUUUGAAGAUUCGAGUGAAGAGAGCACCUCAAAAUCAAAUAUGUAUAUUUUUGCUAGAACAGACAGGCAAAAAGAAGAUUGGUUUAGAAGACUGAUCGAUGGAGUUAAUGCAGCUAAUAAACGUAGUUCAGUUUCAUCGAUAAAUGAACUAGUCUUGCCAACAACAUCGUCGACUGUACAAGGCAACAGUGAUUCCAAAUAUCCUGUUGCUUCGACUGGCUCUGCCGAAAUUCCCAAUGAGCUUAGCUAUAAUGCUUAUAUGGCACGUUAUACAGAUAAUCCAACUAAUGGAUCGUCCGAGUCUGGGAUUCGGGAAAAAAAGGAUGUGGUCUGGAUGAAUGCAUUAGUGGGCAGAAUCCUCUUUGACCUUCAUAAAUGCCCGGAGACGAUAACAUUAAUCCAAGAUAGAAUACAACGUAAAAUGUCCAACAUAAAGUUGCCUUAUUUUAUGGAAAGCUUGCUGGUAUCUGAGUUAGUCAUAGGUCAAGGUGCACCAAUCAUACACAAAGCAUCUGACCCAGUUGUUGAUCAACGGGGUCUUUGGCUCGAUUUGGAUAUAACUCACGAUGGUUGUCUGACGAUGACGGUUGAGACUAGGGUCAAUCUUAUGAAGCUCACAAGGGGGGGAUCUAUAUCAAGUAAUUCUAGCGAGUUGUUAGGUGUAGAAAAGCCAAAGUUGGCUCGAUCUCCGAUGUUCCACAGUGAUGUGGAAGACAGCCCUGAAACAUCCACCGAAGAAGAAGAUAAUUCUAAUGUUACAGUUCCAAAUGCAGCUAGAGAUUCAACAUCGACUCAAUCGUCUGGUAGACGACUUCUGAACAUGGUGGACAAAUUGGCAGCCAGUAAAUAUUUUCGACAUGCCACGGAGAUACGUUACAUACGUAGGGCAAUGGAAGGCUUUUCUAAUACCGAAAUUCGUUUGAUGGUCACUGUUUCAAGUAUCGAAGGAUGUCUCGUUUUAAAUAUACCGCCAUCACCGUCCGACAGAUUGUGGUAUGGCUUCAGAACGGUUCCAAAAAUAACGUUAACUGCAAAACCAGCGCUUGGUGAGACGCAGGUCAAGUUAGGCUACAUCACGAGUUUGAUAGAAAACAAAUUAUUAAGAGAGUUUGAGAAACUGGUGGUUUUGCCUAACAUGGAUGAUCUAAUGAUAGGCUUAUGCCCAAAUUAUCCAUACAUCCCUUAGUCUUUUGGCGAAAAAUCCUUAUGAAAUCUUCUACUCGAGGUGAUCUUUCGCAGCUGCACUCUUAACGUCGGAUGGUAAGUCUAGAUCAGCGGUCUGCGUUGUGACCCACCUGUAAAUGUUGCUGUAAAUAUUGGAGACCAUACCAUUUGUAAGUAAAUUUUUGGUCAGAUGAACAGAACAUACUUAUAAUGAGAUUGCUUCGUGGUUCUAGCCAAUCAAUAUGUAUCGUUAUCAAAAGAUAUGCGUAGAUUGAUAUCGUGUCGAGUACGUGAAUGGAAUUGCUAUAUCGUUUUAUACACGUAUAUGUAGAUAUAUUUUUCUUGUUAUUUGAAAAACGCUUUCAAACUUUUCUCACGAUCGAAUUUUUUAAGUUGUAAAAACAAUCUCUAAAAAUAUAACGAUACCUUUCAAUAAUUGUCUGGCGGGAAGCACUUUUAUACCUUACAAUUUAAGUGCGGUAUUUUCUCAAAAUCUAUAGUACAUCUUUUUUUACAAAGUAAUGUGCCAAACGUGUGCACUGAUGCAUGCAGCUAGCAUUCAAUUAUGUUCAUUUUUACUUGUAAGUGAAAUUUUUUCGUACAAUCGGUUACAAAUUUUUUCUUUAAAUUUAUCGUUUUUUUUUUUACUUAGAUCUCGUAUUACAUAUGAAAACAGGGUUACUAUCAUUUUGCUUUCGCUCUAUGAAAAAGCAGGGCAUGAUUAUUAGAUAAAGAAAUUUUCGUGGUAGACGCUGUAGUGAGCAAGUCUUGUAUUAGAAUACCAAAUAUGACAAGGGAAACCUUUAAGUUUAAAUAUUGAAUUAGUCGAUCAGAGGUCUGAUCAUGCAUUCCGGGUAUUUCUUUUUCUGGUCAUGGAUGGACGUAGGCAUCUCUAAAUGAAGUCAACGUUACAAAUUGUAUAGUAGAUUGGAUAUAUUUCACAUGAGUCGAAUAUUAAAAUCCUUAAGUCUGUUAUAUUCUGUUUCAUUUAUCACGUGAUUGUAUGGGUAUGUUCUACAUAAAUUAAUAUGUAAAUCAUUUCUAUCGAUAGAAGAUUCACAUGUUGCACCAUUGUUCGAAUGAGAAGAAAGACAAAAUUUAGAUAAAAGAAUCGUGCAUUAUCGAUGAAAAUCAAUCAGAUUGGUAAUGUCUUCGGAAUUUCCCACCUUUUUUUUCGGCUGAAUUAAUUGUUUUCUUGACAAUAUUUCCUCAGGUCAUAAUAAAUAAUUACCUAAUUAUUUAUCGACAUACAUAUUUCAAGUACUUAUACACAUGAGAAUUGAGACCAAUUUGAGAUGAAACUCGCGUGAGUAAUGCAACUUGCAAACUAUAAAGUUGACUCGUGUUGCAAACGAUGAUUGCAAUCACGAUUAUAAUUGCUACGCGCGUCCAUACUUACAAUAAAUUUAUAUAAUCAAGUACAGGUAUACCUGUAGGUACAAUUUCUGAUUUGGUUGUGACGUACGAUUUUUUUUUUUUUUUUUUUUCAUGCCACUCCGUAAUUGAGUUAAUUAUUCCGAGCUUGUAAUUAUCUUCUUUUCCAAUCUAGCCGUGCAGUUCACAUCUCGAUUAUUAUACAUACCUAUAGACCUCGGUAUUAUUCCCAGGUGUAUAUUCACUUAUGUGCUACUUGUUUACGAAUUUACGUAACGAUUAUGGCUUGUUUGUAUAUGAUUUAUACAAUGAUUCUGAGGUGAUCGAGGGAAAAAAACAAAUCGUGAGAAUAUAAUCAACGUUUUAAUUACGUACUGCCGUCGUCCUCAAUUGAUAUAUGAAAAGUAUGGUGAAUAAACAUUAUAUAAUAUGUAAAAUCAAGUCGACUAAAUAUAAUAUUAUUACGUCCGCGUGUAUAAAUCUGGAGCUGAAUUUAAUGAGCUUCUCAUAUUACAAAUACAAAUAAAUGUACGUAUGAUUGGGUAUGAUCGAAAAUAAUAAUAUAAAUGAAGAAAAAAGAGAAUUAAGAAUUAAAUAAAUAAAUAAAUAAAUCAUUGUUUUCUACGGGUAUGUGUGUUCGCUUUUCUGUACGUGUUUUCCAUGUAUUUGUUAUACGAAAUAAAGUGUUAUAUAUAUUUGUUGAACGAAUAAA